AUGGGCAAUCGUUACUUGGCCCAACUCACCCACACCUCCCUCGCACGUGCCGUCCAUGCUCACAUCGUCACCUCAGGUUUCAAGUCGUUCCCUCUCAUCAUCAACCGCCUCAUUGAUCAUUACUGCAAAUCCUCCAACAUCCCCUACGCCCGCCACCUGUUCGACAAAAUUCCCAAACCAGAUAUUGUCGCAACUACCACCCUGCUUUCCGCCUACUCCGUUGCCGGCAACAUCAAACUCGCCCACCAACUCUUCAAGGUCACCCCCUUGACCAUUCGUGACACCGUCAGUUACAACGCCAUGAUCACUGCAUUUUCCCACAGCCAUGAUGGUCAUGCCGCUCUGCAACUCUUCAUACAAAUGAAAAGGCUCGGUUUUGUUCCCGACCCGUUUACCUUCUCAAGCGUUCUUGGCGCCCUGUCCCUGAUAGCUGAUGAAGAGAGGCAUUGUCAGCAAUUACACUGCGAGGUUGUCAAGAGGGGUGUACUCUCUGUUCCUUCUGUGUUGAAUGCUUUGAUGAGUUGUUAUGUUUGUUGCGCCUCUUCGCCUUUGGUGGACUCAUGUUUGUUGAUGGCAGCUGCUAGGAAGCUCUUUGAUGAGGCAUCAACUAGUCUGAGGGAUGAACCUUCUUGGACUACCAUCAUUGCUGGCUAUGUCAGGAAUGGUGAUCUUGUUGCCGCACGUAAGCUUCUUGAUGGAAUGACUAAUCACAUUGCGGUGGCAUGGAAUGCCAUGAUUUCUGGGUAUGUGCACAGAGGUUUCUAUGAGGAGGCGUUUGAUUUGUUAAGGAGAAUGCAUUCAUUGGGAAUUCAGCUGGAUGAGUACACUUACACCAGUGUAAUUAGUGCUGCUUCUAAUGCUGGGUUGUUCUAUAUUGGAAGUCAGGUGCACGCUUACGUUCUCAGAACAGUGGUGAAACCUUCACAGCAUUUUGUUUUAUCUGUGAAUAAUGCUUUGAUUACUUUCUACACUAAAUGUGGUAAACUGGUUGAGGCAAAGCGAAUUUUUGAUAAGAUGCCUGUGAAAGAUCUUGUUUCAUGGAAUGCGAUUUUGUCCGGGUAUGUCAAUGCCCGGUGCAUUGAGGAAGCUAACACCAUUUUCAGGGAGAUGCCGGAGAGAAGCCUGUUGACGUGGACUGUGAUGAUAUCAGGCUUAGCACAAAAUGGGUUUGGAGAAGAAGGUUUGAAGCUAUUCAACCAGAUGAAGUUAGAGGGACUGGACCCAUGUGAUUAUGCAUAUGCUGGAGCAAUUGCCUCUUGUUCUGUUCUUGGAUCAUUAGACAAUGGACAACAACUACACUCUCAGAUAAUACGAUUAGGUCAUGACUCAAGCCUCUCAGUUGGCAAUGCACUGAUUACAAUGUAUGCAAGGUGUGGUCUUGUUGAAGCUGCUGAUACAGUGUUUCUAACAAUGCCGUAUGUGGAUUCCGUAUCUUGGAAUGCCAUGAUUGCAGCUCUUGCACAACAUGGACACGGUGUCAGAGCCAUUCAACUUUAUGAACAGAUGUUGAAGGAAGAUAUAUUACCUGAUAGGAUAACUUUUCUCACAAUUCUCUCUGCUUGUAGCCAUGCAGGUUUGGUCAAAGAGGGACGCCAUUAUUUUGAUACAAUGCGUGCUCAUUAUGGUAUAACCCCAGAAGAGGAUCAUUAUUCUCGUUUGAUUGAUUUGUUUUGUCGUGCUGGUAUGUUCUCAGAAGCAAAGACUGUCACAGAAUCAAUGCCUUUUGAGCCCAGCGCACCAAUUUGGGAGGCUCUUCUCUCUGGUUGUCGGAUUCAUGGGAACAUGGAAUUAGGUAUUAAAGCUGCUGAACAACUCUUAAAGCUUCUACCACAGCAAGAUGGAACCUACAUAAGUCUUUCUAAUAUGUAUGCCACUUUAGGUCAGUGGGAUGAAGUUGCCAGGGUGAGGAAAUUAAUGAGAGAGCGAGGGGUUAAGAAGGAACCUGGUUGUAGUUGGAUUGAGGUUGAAAACAUGGUUCAUGUCUUUUUGGUUGAUGAUGCUGUACACCCUGAGGUGCAUGCCGUGUACAAAUAUCUGGAGCAACUGGUACAUGAAAUGAGGAAAUUGGGUUAUGUUCCUGAUACGAAAUAUGUAUUACAUGAUAUGGAAUCUGAACAAAAGGAAAAUGCUUUGUCUACUCAUAGUGAAAAGCUUGCAGUUGUUUAUGGAAUUAUGAAAAUUCCUUUAGGAGCUACAAUUCGGGUUUUCAAAAAUUUGAGGAUAUGUGGAGACUGCCAUAAUGCAUUCAAAUUUAUCUCCAAAGUUGUAGAUCGAGAGAUAAUUGUGAGAGACAGGAAGAGGUUUCACCAUUUUAGAAAUGGUGAAUGUUCUUGUGGCAACUAUUGGUAG